AUGUGCCCUGCGCUCUGCUCUGCAUUUGCGUGUGCCCUCCGUGCGCUCUGCUCUGCAUUUGCGUGUGCCCUCCGUGCGCUCUGCUCUGCAUUUGCGUGUGCCCUCCGUGCGCUCUGCUCUGCAUUUGCGUGUGCCCUCCGUGCGCUCUGCUCUGCAUUUGCGUGUGCCCUCCGUGCGCUCUGCUCUGCAUUUGCGUGUGCCCUCCGUGCGCUCUGCUCUGCAUUUGCGUGUGCCCUCCGUGCGCUCUGCUCUGCAUUUGCGUGUGCCCUCCGUGCGCUCUGCUCUGCAUUUGCGUGUGCCCUCCGUGCGCUCUGCUCUGCAUUUGCGUGUGCCCUCCGUGCGCUCUGCUCUGCAUUUGCGUGUGCCCUCCGUGCACUCUGCUCUGCAUUUGCGUGUGCCCUCCGUGCGCUCUGCUCUGCAUUUGCGUGUGCCCUCCGUGCGCUCUGCUCUGCAUUUGCGUGUGCCCUCCGUGCGCUCUGCUCUGCAUUUGCGUGUGCCCUCCGUGCGCUCUGCUCUGCAUUUGCGUGUGCCCUCCGUGCGCUCUGCUCUGCAUUUGCGUGUGCCCUCCGUGCGCUCUGCUCUGCAUUUGUGCGUGCCCUGCGCUCUGCUCUGCAUUUGCGUGUGCCCUCCGUGCGCUCUGCUCUGCAUUUGCGUGUGCCCUCCGUGCGCUCUGCUCUGCAUUUGCGUGUGCCCUCCGUGCGCUCUGCUCUGCAUUUGCGUGUGCCCUCCGUGCACUCUGCUCUGCAUUUGCGUGUGCCCUCCGUGCGCUCUGCUCUGCAUUCGCGUGUGCCCUGCGCUCUGCUCUGCAUUUGCGAGUGCCCUGCGCUCUGCUCUGCAUUUGCGUGUGCCCUCCGUGCGCUCUGCUCUGCAUUUGCGUGUGCCCUCCGUGCGCUCUGCUCUGCAUUUGCGUGUGCCCUCCGUGCGCUCUGCUCUGCAUUUGCGUGUGCCCUCCGUGCACUCUGCUCUGCAUUUGCGUGUGCCCUCCGUGCGCUCUGCUCUGCAUUUGCGUGUGCCCUCCGUGCGCUCUGCUCUGCAUUUGCGUGUGCCCUCCGUGCGCUCUGCUCUGCAUUUGCGUGUGCCCUCCGUGCGCUCUGCUCUGCAUUUGCGUGUGCCCUCCGUGCACUCUGCUCUGCAUUUGCGUGUGCCCUCCGUGCGCUCUGCUCUGCAUUUGCGUGUGCCCUCCGUGCGCUCUGCUCUGCAUUUGCGUGUGCCCUCCGUGCGCUCUGCUCUGCAUUUGCGUGUGCCCUCCGUGCGCUCUGCUCUGCAUUUGCGUGUGCCCUCCGUGCGCUCUGCUCUGCAUUUGCGUGUGCCCUCCGUGCGCUCUGCUCUGCCUUUGCGUGUGCCCUGCACUCUGCUCUGCAUUUGCGUGUGCCCUCCGUGCGCUCUGCUCUGCAUUUGCGUGUGCCCUCCGUGCGCUCUGCUCUGCAUUUGCGUGUGCCCUCCGUGCGCUCUGCUCUGCAUUUGCGUGUGCCCUCCGUGCGCUCUGCUCUGCAUUUGCGUGUGCCCUCCGUGCGCUCUGCUCUGCAUUUGCGUGUGCCCUCCGUGCGCUCUGCUCUGCAUUUGCGUGUGCCCUCCGUGCGCUCUGCUCUGCAUUUGCGUGUGCCCUCCGUGCGCUCUGCUCUGCAUUUGCGUGUGCCCUCCGUGCGCUCUGCUCUGCAUUUGCGUGUGCCCUCCGUGCGCUCUGCUCUGCAUUUGCGUGUGCCCUCCGUGCGCUCUGCUCUGCAUUUGCGUGUGCCCUCCGUGCGCUCUGCUCUGCAUUUGCGUGUGCCCUCCGUGCGCUCUGCUCUGCAUUUGCGUGUGCCCUCCGUGCGCUCUGCUCUGCAUUUGCGUGUGCCCUCCGUGCGCUCUGCUCUGCAUUUGCGUGUGCCCUCCGUGCGCUCUGCUCUGCAUUUGCGUGUGCCCUCCGUGCGCUCUGCUCUGCAUUUGCGUGUGCCCUCCGUGCACUCUGCUCUGCAUUUGCGUGUGCCCUCCGUGCGCUCUGCUCUGCAUUUGCGUGUGCCCUCCGUGCGCUCUGCUCUGCAUUUGCGUGUGCCCUCCGUGCGCUCUGCUCUGCAUUUGCGUGUGCCCUCCGUGCGCUCUGCUCUGCAUUUGCGUGUGCCCUCCGUGCACUCUGCUCUGCAUUUGCGUGUGCCCUCCGUGCGCUCUGCUCUGCAUUUGCGUGUGCCCUCCGUGCGCUCUGCUCUGCAUUUGCGUGUGCCCUCCGUGCGCUCUGCUCUGCAUUUGCGUGUGCCCUCCGUGCGCUCUGCUCUGCAUUUGCGUGUGCCCUCCGUGCGCUCUGCUCUGCAUUUGCGUGUGCCCUCCGUGCGCUCUGCUCUGCAUUUGCGUGUGCCCUCCGUGCACUCUGCUCUGCAUUUGCGUGUGCCCUCCGUGCGCUCUGCUCUGCAUUUGCGUGUGCCCUCCGUGCGCUCUGCUCUGCAUUUGCGUGUGCCCUCCGUGCGCUCUGCUCUGCAUUUGCGUGUGCCCUCCGUGCGCUCUGCUCUGCAUUUGCGUGUGCCCUCCGUGCGCUCUGCUCUGCAUUUGCGUGUGCCCUCCGUGCGCUCUGCUCUGCAUUUGCGUGUGCCCUCCGUGCGCUCUGCUCUGCAUUUGCGUGUGCCCUCCGUGCGCUCUGCUCUGCAUUUGCGUGUGCCCUCCGUGCGCUCUGCUCUGCAUUUGCGUGUGCCCUCCGUGCACUCUGCUCUGCAUUUGCGUGUGCCCUCCGUGCACUCUGCUCUGCAUUUGCGUGUGCCCUCCGUGCGCUCUGCUCUGCAUUUGCGUGUGCCCUCCGUGCGCUCUGCUCUGCAUUUGCGUGUGCCCUCCGUGCGCUCUGCUCUGCAUUUGCGUGUGCCCUCCGUGCGCUCUGCUCUGCAUUUGCGUGUGCCCUCCGUGCGCUCUGCUCUGCAUUUGCAGAGGGGUGCGACUUCUCUUUGUCAACGCCUCUUUGCCCCCCUCCGCGCUCCCCCCCUCCGCGCUGCCCUCGCCCUCACUGCCGCGCUCCCCCUCCCCGUGGCUCAACGCGGGGGGGAGGCUGGAGGAGUGGGGCGGGGGCGAGGGGCAGUGGAGGCGGGUGGCAUGGCGGGGCAGGCAGACGGGGGGCGGCGGUGCAGGGGGGGCGAGCAGGGGCGGGAGGCGCGGGCGUGUGUGGGCGUGAGGGGGGACGUGGCUGUGUGGCAGCGGCGGCGCGAGUUGUUCCCCCAGGCAGCAGUGGGCAUGUCGCUGCUGCUGCAGUACUUCAACCAGCCCUCCAACGUGCAACCCCUUGUCUCCCGCCUGCACGCCUGCGCUGCCAGCGACGGCGGUGCUGCUGCUGGUGCUACCACUGCCGCUGGUUCUGCUGGGAGCGCAGGAGAGGAGCAAGGGCAUGGGAGUGGGGGUGGGAGCAGGGUUGGGGGGGCAGGAGGGGCGGCGUGGGCGGGGCUGGGGGGCGAGGUGAGUUGGGAUGAGCGGGGGGCGGGGAAGGGAGGAGGUGCAGGGGCGGGGAAGGGAGGAGGUGCAGGGGCGGGGAAGGGAGGAGGUGCAGGGGCGGGGGCGGCGGAGGGUGGCGGCAUGGCGGGGGGGGAGGGCGGGGGAGGGCAGGCGGGGUGCGGGAUAGAGCUGACGGCCAAUGUGGAUGAACCCUCCUCCUGGCCGCUCUGGCUGCAGAUGUGGCAGGACACGGGGGGAGGACACGGAGGGCAGGGGGGGCAGGAAGGGCAGGGAGGGAAGGGAGGGCAGGGAGGGCAGGGGGGAGGGCAGGGGGGAGCUGAGGGGGGAGGGCAGGCAGUAAACCACUGGGCAGGGCUGUCGCUGCCACCGCUGCCGAGUCAACCCGGCACCGAGCCGACCAACGCCACACUCGCACCCCCCUCAUAUCCCCCGUCCCCCUCCCCCUCCCCCUCUCCUUCAUGCGAGCACCAUGGCUGCACCCAGCAGCCGUCCUUCCUGCGAGUCAUCUUCCGCCACAACACCCACGAGGUCUUCGCCUUCAACCGCGCCGCCGCCGCCUCCCGCGCGCCCCUGCUCACUCUCCUCCAAGACGACCUGCUCCCGCCCGCCUCCUGCCGCUGGCUGCACGCCCUCCUGCACGCCCACGCCGCACUGCCCUCCCUCGCAGCCCUGGGGUACCGCACAGGGAAAGUGGACGUGGAUAGUCGUAAGGGCGAGGGCGUGAGGGCGUAUCAGAGGCAGAGCCGCGCGCUGUGGGCGCAGCCGGUGUGGGAGGCACGGGCGGGCGUGCGCGGGUACAUGGCGGGGGUGGUGGACUCGGGGCCGCUGGUGGUGCGGCGGGGGGUGUGGGAGAGCAUGGGGGGGCUGGAUGAGGGCAUGUCCACCAGAGGGCAGAGCGCCAUGGUCACUGACUGGGUGCUGGCGUUCCAUGUGUGGAUGGCGGGACAUAAGGUGCGUGCAUGGCGGGACACAAGGUGCGUGCACGGGGAAUGGGUGGAUGGGCCAUGCGUGGAUGAGGGCAUGUCCACCAGAGGGCAGAGCGCCAUGAUCACUGGCUGGGUGCUGGCGUUCCAUGCAUGGAUGGCUGGGCUCAAGGUGUGUGCUCGUUCCUGUGCUGCGCCAGUGUUGCCGCUGUGCUGA